AGAACGAAUUGCAACCCUGGUUGAUCUCUCUUUUUCUUUCUCCCCCAAAGCGGGGUAGAACAAUGACCUCGUGUCCGUCGGGGUUUCUUGCAACGAAUCGAGAUUUUAUGAUUAUUUAAACCGCUGGCUGUGGCUCUAGUUUUCCCUGCUUUUUUUUCGCUUUGUUUCAGCCACUCAAUAUUGUCAUUGUUGCUGGUGGGUGGGCUUGUGUAUUUAUACCCACGUAAGACGGCUAGAAGAAAAGGUCCAUCAUUCGAAAUAAUUUCCUUCCUUGUCAAUAUUACCUACCUCCUUGCCAUGGACGACAGUGAGGCAAGACAGCCCGUCCCUGCGGCCGUCCCUCCGGCCGAAGAGCCGGCGGGAAUGGAGGCAGAGGAGGAGGAGAACAUGGGGGUUGGACGGUAUUUGGCGACGCGGAUUCCAACGCUGAUGCCGCCGAUGAACCCAGCUCCCAACCCGUUCAAGGCGUUGGCGUUGCUGAACAAGGAACAGUGGUUGUUCUUUGGCGUGGCGUUUUGCGGCUGGACGUGGGACGCCUUUGAUUUCUUCACCGUCUCCCUGACCGUGUCGGAGCUUGCAGACACCUUCAACAAGACCACGACCGACAUCACCUGGGGCAUCACCCUGGUGCUCAUGCUGCGGUCCGCGGGCGCCAUCAUCUUCGGGGUUGCCUCGGACCGCUGGGGCCGCAAGUGGCCGUUUAUCGUGAACAAUGUCCUGUUCAUCAUCCUCGAGCUCGGUACGGGCUUCGCGCAGACCUACAAUCAGUUCCUCGCCUGCCGCGCCCUCUUCGGCGUCGCCAUGGGUGGGUUGUACGGGAAUGCCGCCGCCACCGCGCUGGAAGACUGCCCCGAGAUGGCCCGCGGGAUCAUCUCGGGCUUGCUGCAGCAGGGAUACUCCUUUGGCUAUCUGCUGGCGGCGGCCUUUUCGCGUGCCCUGGUCAACACCACUUCGCACGGAUGGCGACCUUUUUACUGGUUUGCCGCCUGUCCCCCUGUUCUCAUCAUCAUCUAUCGCCUGUGUCUGCCGGAAACGCGGUCCUUCCGCCAGCGACAGGAAUACAGAGAGGGCAUCCAUGGCAACAUCGCUUCCUCUUUCCUACGCGAGGGGAAGGUUUCCCUCAAACGUCACUGGAUGCUCUUGAUCUAUCUCGUUCUUCUCAUGGCUGGAUUUAACUUUAUGUCCCAUGGCUCGCAAGAUCUCUACCCCACAAUGCUCGAGAACCAAUUCGACUUCUCCGCCACCGCAGUAACAGUAACCCAGGUGGUGGCCAACCUCGGCGCUCUGACCGGCGGCACGCUCUGCGGCUGGGCCAGUCAGAUCUUCGGUCGUCGGUUCUCCAUCAUCGCCAUCUCCAUCGUCGGCGGCGCCCUGCUAUACCCAUACACCUUUGUGACCAGCAAGAAUGUCAUGGCCGCGGCGUUUUUCGAGCAGUUCUGCGUCCAGGGCGCGUGGGGGGUCAUCCCCAUCCAUCUCAUGGAACUGUCUCCGGGCCCCAUUCGUACCUUUGUCGUCGGUACCUCCUACCAGCUGGGUAAUCUCAUCUCGUCCGCCAGCUCGACCAUCGAGUCCACCAUCGGCUCGCGCUUCCCAUUACCCUCGACCGAGACUGUUUCCGAUCGUUACAAUUAUGGAAAGGUGAUUUGCAUCUUCAUGGGAUGCGUCUAUGCCUAUGUGAUUAUCAUUACGUUCUUCGGACCGGAGAGACUUGGUCGCCAGCUUGAUGUCACCCAUGACGCAGACACCGCUGCUGCUAUCCAUGCCCACGACGACGCUGAGAAGGGAAAAGUUGUUCACAGAGAUUGAGUUAUGUAUGGAAGGGGAUGUUUGCUAUAUCUUAUCAAUGAUUGCUUAGUAUUAAAGACCAAUUGAAGGGAUGAUCAUCUUCGAGGACUUGAUAGACUGCUAGAUAUGUAGUUGUAUAUGCAGACAUCUUGAAGUUCUUGUGAGAUGGUAUGAGGAGGUAGGAGAGUCGAGAGGGAGUUGAGGGGGAAGGAUCUCUUAUAGCACGAGGAAGGAAGGAGUGACUACCACGGGUGAGAAUAUCUAGGUACCCAUCUACCUCAAGUUAGGUCCCUAGUGAAUGUCAGCUUGUAAUCAG